AUGGACUCCCCCCUCUCCGAAGCCGACUCGCUCUCCUCAGCCGGCUCAACAACCGAACCCCUCGCCGGCUCCGACCUCGAAGACCAAGCUGCCUCCUCAAGCACUCCUCGGCGCAAUGCCCGGCGAUCGCGGUCGAGGAGUCUUGGGGCGCCGCGGCCUGCUCGAGGAGGAGGGGAUGAGAGCGACUCGAGUUUGACGGAGCAGAGUGAUAGUGAGGAGGAGGACGACGCGCGGGCGAGUGCGGGUGGUAUGCAGGACGAAGAGGAGGAAGAGGAGCAGGCUGAUCCGGCGGACCAGGCGGAUCAGGAGGACGAGGACGGAGAGGACGAGGAACAGGGUACACCGCGGGCGGACACGUUUGGGUACAGGCCUGGACCGCAUGUGCAGGCUUUGCUUGCCGAGUGGAAGAAGGAGAACGAGGCGAGGGCCAAGCGUCUGAGGGAGGAGGAGGACGAGGAGGAGGAAGACGAAGCCGUCUCUUCUGCGUCUGACGAUGAAGCAGAUCCCGACCACGACCCGCGCGGCACGACCUCCGCCGACCCUCCGCCCUUGAAGCGCACAAAGACGGCAGAAGGAUCCGUCAUCUCCGAAUCAACUAUCGACGGCCCCUCUCGCUCGCGCGCCGCUUCAGUCGCCGACUCCCUAAGCGAGCUCGAAGACGACGACGAGAAGCCUGCGCUUGGUGCGGGUCGGACAGACGCGGCAACCGAGCAGGAGCAGGAUGUCAUGCGCGCGCUCGCUGGGAAGCCUGCGUCCUCUCGACCGGCAUCUCGUGGUUCUGCACGCGGCCGAGGCGCACGUGGUGGACGCGGUGGACGCAGCACCGCAUCCGUCUCUUCAGCCGCCCGCGCCGCCUCGAAUAGGAGCGACAGUCCCCUCUCGACCGUCUCCUCAUCCGACGACGAGACGAACGCGAACGAGCAGGAGACGCAGUCGACCGAUGCAGGGCGAGCGGAGGCCGCAGAGGCGGAGAUGAAGGCUGAAGAGGAGGCGGAUGCGAAUGCGGCGGUUGAGGCGCUCGUCAAUGCGGCGAAUAACGCUGCGCCAGCUUCGCCUGCUGCGAGAGGUGGUCGAGGACGUGGACGAGGACGGGGACGGGGUAGGGGACGAGGACGAGGCGGCGCUGUUGCGGCGCAGAGGAUGUCCCGGUCGACUUCGGCCGAAUCCUCUGCGACCGAGCCCUCCCGCCCCCUCGUUAAUGGCUCCACCGAGUCUUCCCUCCCCUCGAACCUCCCCGCCCCUUCAGGCCUCGUCGAACUCGACACCGCCCCCGACCGACUCGCCGACCAACUCGUCGAACUGGCAGCUGAAGAAGCACAGGAUGCAGAGAGCGCUUCGGCGUCGGUUAUUGCGGCGCAGGGCGGGGACGAGGACGUCGCGAUGGAGUCGAUGGAGCGGGCGGAGAGACAUGAGGAGCAUGAGUCGGAGGCUGAGCAGGUGCAGGAGGAGGUGAGGAGGCAGGUGCCUCCGCCUAGUGCGAAGAAGGGUGGGAAGAAGGGCGGAAAGGGCAAGGGGAAGGGGAAGGAGAAGGCUGUCAAUCAGGAUUCGCAGGUGCAGGACGAUGAGGACGGCUUGCAUGACGGCGAGGAGGAAGAAGACGCAUCCGACGUCGCCUUCAUGCGCAAGCGCGCCGAAGCGAUGGAGGCGCUGACCAAGAUCGAGAUCGAGUUCGCCAAGCUCCGCGACCUGCUCUACAUCGAACGGCUGGCCGACAUCGAGCGCGAGCGGAUAGGUAUCGAGACGGGCACGCACCCCGAGCUGAUCCACCUCACGCACCUGAUCGAGCUGCGACGGAAUCGCAAACUCGAGCUCGCGAGGAAGUGGCUUGAUGGGCUUGAGGGCGCGUAUCGGAUACAGAUUGAGGAGCGCGAGUAUGCGAAUUGGCAUCACUGGGAGGACGAGCGCGGGCGGACACGGUCGAGAAUGCUCGACGAGGCCAACUCGAAGCGGCGGCGACUCGAGCGCGAGAAGCGGGUUCUCGAGAAGCCGAAAGACGACUCGCUCGGCUACAUGCUCGCCCCUCGACCUCCACCCGCCGUCCCUCUCCACUACCGCCGACGAGUCGGCUUCGACGGCGAAGCUCUCGCAGACAACGAGAUCGGCUGGGCGCUCCGACAUCCCGACGUGCGCGCCGACGCGAGCGUUGCGGGACUCGACGACGACGCGAUGUACGAUGACCUGGAACGGAUGGGACUACGAGAACCGACGCGGCAGCCGAUAUACCCUUACGAACAUCUCUAUGGCCCACAUGCGCUCCCACACUCUCCCUACCCAGACCACCAUUCGCCCGCGCACCAGAUGGCGCCCGGAUACCCUUACAGCCCUUACGACCACCAGUCUUUCGCCAUGCAGCAGCAGCACGCUUUCGGCAACGCUUUCCCCGCCCUCCCGCCGCUUCCGCCUCGACCUGACCAGGUACCGACACGACCUUCGUCGAAUCCUCGCAUGCCGAGCGGGUAUCCUGGCGACCAUGCCGCCGCGCAAGGUUUCGGCCGCGCCUAUCCGAAUGGCCAGUACCCGUCAAACUACGCCGCGCACGAAGCAGAGCGGAUGCACAGCGCUGCAUGGGCUCAGCAGCACCAGCACAAGCCGUACGCGUCGGCUAUCGAGCAGGAGCAGCGGCGGCGGACGACGAGUGCGGGCGGCGCGUUGGGCGGUCACGGGAGCCACGACUCGCUCGACGCGGUCGCUGGACACCACCGCCCGAACGGGACGACGCCUGUGCCGGGUGGAAACGCAGCGGUCAAGGCGCGGUUCACGCUCGACGAGCACAUGAGCCACCGCUCGCCCAAGACACCUGCCGGCUCUUCCUCCGCGGCUUCGUCCUCCGCCCCAACGAGCGUUACGAAGCCGUCGUCAGCAGCGGCCGCGUCUCGGAACGCCCCUGCGCCGUUCAUGUCGAUCCCGACUAUCCCCCCGUUCGACCGACACCGACACGAGCAGCACCUCCUGGCGCAGGCGCAGGCGCGGUCAACGACUCCCGGUGCGCCAGGCGGGCAGGCGGCGAGUACGGGCGCGUCGUCGAUGCCUGCGCUGGCCAAGAGUUCGAGCGGGUUGUUUGGGCAGGCGAGUGCGGCGGCGGCGGCGACGGCUGCGCAGCGGGCGGUAUGA